CACAUAGAUUUUUUAUUAUGAUUUUAGGGAAUUCUGAAUGUCAACAAACACAGAGCCCAAAUAGAAGCUUUUGUUCGACUUCAAGGAGCCAGCAGCAAAGAUUCAGAUUUAGUCAGUGACAUCCUAAUCCACGGGAUGAAGGCUCGAAACCGCUCGAUUCAUGGGGAUGUGGUAGCUGUGGAGCUGCUCCCUAAAAAUGAAUGGAAAGGGAGGACUGCAGCCCUGAGUGAGAAUGACAGUGAUGACAGAGCCUCGGGCGAGUCCCCAAGUGAGCCCAUGCCUACCGGUCGAGUGGUGGGCAUACUUCAGAAGAACUGGCGGGAUUAUGUGGUGACAUUUCCAUCCAAAGAAGAGGUCCAAUCUCAGGGCAAAAAUGCUCAGAAAAUCCUGGUUACACCUUGGGAUUACAGAAUUCCCAAAAUUCGAAUUAGCACUCAACAAGCAGAAGCCCUCCAGGACUUCAGGGUGGUGGUGCGCAUUGAUUCCUGGGAGUCAACAUCUGUGUAUCCAAAUGGACACUUUGUGCGUGUUUUAGGAAGAAUCAGAGAUCUGGAAGGGGAAAUUGCAGCCAUCCUGGUGGAAAACAGUAUUUCAGUUCUCCCUUUCUCGGAAGCUCAGAUGUGUGAGAUGCCGGUGAACACACCAGAAAACCCCUGGAAGGUGAGUCCUGAAGAGGAACAAGAACGUAAAGACUUGAGGAAAAGCCAUCUUGUGUUCAGCAUUGACCCCAAAGGUUGUGAAGAUGUGGAUGACACACUCUCAGUCAGAACCUUACACAAUGGCGACCUGGAACUUGGGGUCCACAUUGCAGAUGUAACACACUUUGUGGCACCAAAUUCUUCCAUUGAUAUUGAAGCUAGAACAAGGGCCACCACUUACUACUUAGCAGAUCGUCGUUACGACAUGCUGCCUUCCGUCCUCAGUGCUGAUUUGUGUUCCCUCCUGGGAGGCGUUGAUAGGUAUGCUGUAAGCAUCAUGUGGGAAUUGGAUAAAACCUCUUAUGAAAUUAAGAAAGUGUGGUAUGGCAGAACCAUUAUUCGAUCAGCAUACAAACUGUUCUAUGAAGCAGCCCAGGAACUACUGGAUGGAAACUUCAGCAUUGUUGAUGAUAUUCCAGAAUUCAGAGACUUGGAUGAGAAGAGCAGACAAGCCAAGCUGGAGGAGUUAGUGUGGGCAAUUGGAAAGCUGACCGACAUAGCUCGCCAUGUCAGAGCUAAACGAGACGGAUGUGGUGCCCUGGAACUGGAAGGGGUGGAGGUUCGCGUACAGCUAGAUGAGAAAAAGAAUAUUCACGACCUCAUCCCCAAGCAGCCCCUGGAAGUCCAUGAGACAGUGGCCGAAUGCAUGAUCCUGGCCAACCACUGGGUGGCCAAGAAGAUCUGGGAGAGCUUCCCUCAUCAGGCCUUGCUGCGCCAGCACCCUCCUCCACACCAGGAGUUCUUUUCGGAGCUCCGGGAAUGUGCAAACGCCAAAGGCUUCUUCAUAGAUACACGGUCCAAUAAAACACUGGCUGAUUCUCUGGAUAAUGCGAACGACCCCAAUGAUCCCAUCGUGAACAGGCUGCUGCGCUCCAUGGCCACGCAGGCCAUGUCCAAUGCCCUGUAUUUCUCUACCGGAUCCUGCGAAGAGGAGGAGUUCCAUCAUUAUGGUCUCGCGUUAGAUAAAUAUACUCACUUUACUUCUCCAAUAAGAAGAUAUUCGGAUAUUGUCGUACACCGCUUGUUAUUGGCAGCCAUUUCAAAAGAAAAGAAAAUGGAAAUUAAGGGAAAUUUGUUCAGCAACAAAGAUCUUGAGGAAUUAUGCAGACAUAUCAACAACAGAAACCGAGCAGCACAGCAUUCUCAGAAGCAGUCUACUGAGCUCUUCCAGUGCAUGUACUUCAAAGACAAAGACCCUGACACCGAGGAGCGUUGCAUAUCUGAUGGAGUUAUUUAUUCAAUUCGAACAAAUGGUGUGCUUGUAUUUAUACCAAGGUUUGGGAUUAAAGGUGCUGCUUAUCUAAAAAAUAAAGAUGGUUUAGUCAUCUCAUGUGGCCCAGACAGCCGUUCUGAAUGGAAACCAGGAUCCCUUCAACGAUUUCAAAACAAAAUUACCUCUACUACAACAGAUGGGGAAUCUGUUACAUUCCAUUUGUUUGACCAUGUAACCGUAAGAAUAUCUGUACAGGCCUCACGCUGCCAUUCUGAUACCAUCCGACUUGAAAUAAUAAGUAACCAACCAUACAAGUUACCAAAUACAGAGCUUUUUCACCAGGGUUCCCCCUUGCUGAAGAGUGAGUUAGUGAAAGAAGUAACUAAAUCUGUGGAAGAAGCUCAGCUUGCCCAAGAAGUCAAAGUAAACAUCAUUCAGGAAGAAUAUCAAGAAUAUUGUCAAACAAAGGGAAGGAGCCUGUAUGCACUUCUGGAGGAGAUAAGGGACCUGGCCCUCCUGGACGUUUCAAACAAUUACGGAAUAUGAAGGACUCUGACUGCACUAAGAGCUGCCACGUGAAUGUUUUACAGUCUUCAAACCUAACAUUUAAUGUGUGUCACUCUAGUCGAUCAGGACUGGGUGGCUAUUUUACAUACAUGUAAAAUGUUCUCUCACUCAUUAAACUCGCAUUAAAUUAAGUAUAAUUAGGUCACUUUUUAAACUGAGUUUUCAGGAAUGAGUGGAUAGUAAGUGGUGGCUCUGCAGAUCGCUAGCCCCUUUUUAGUAAUUUUAAUAAACCCAAAAUUAUUGGUUAUCUUGUCUCAAA